AUGGCAAAGAAAUACGGCAUUGCUUCACUGCAGUUAGAUCUCAUGCCUCUCCUCUCAGGAGAAAAAUCAGUGAUCAGUCGUCUGGCAGAAAACAGUCCUAACGUUUUAGAUGCUUAUGUGACUUUCACUGUGGAAACACCUCUUCUGUCUGAAAGACAAAGACAUGAAUUGAAUCCACUGAUUAUAAGGAUUAAUUCGGCUACCUGCCUCCCAAACACACCUGUACCAAUAGAAGUGCUGCAGAGAUUGUGUGUUCCCACCUACUGCAAAUACAAAUUUCACAACUUCCCAUCUCAUCGAACUCAUGGGCAAAUCCAUGGAACUCAUGUCUACUUUAAGGACGUUAAUGUACUUCUAACAGGGACAAUGAAACCUGGGGAGUUACAGAGAUAUCUUAGAGGUCCACCUUUGGAGAUUGAAGUUCAUGACCGGGAUAAAAAGAUGGAAAACAACAGAAAAAAGUCGUGUUUGUUUGGGGAGGAUGAAGCUGAUGAAAAAGUGGGUAAGGUGAGCUUCCUUGCUCGCAAAUCCACAAUCUGUAAUUCUUUUACGAGGAACAAAGUGUGGCAUCCACAUGGGGUAGCUAAAGUCAGUCUAACUGAUUUAUUGUUGGGUAAAAAGUACUUGGCUGUCAGUGCUCCCAUCCGAAACUGUUCAGCUCCAAAUACAGCUGCUUUCAGUGAGGAGGAUAAAAAUGAGAAAAUAACAGAAUCAGUGAGUAGUUCUUCCCUGCUACCCAUGGGACAUUAUCUAGAAUCAGACUCGCUUUUGAAAGUAAGAGUGGAAAUAGCUGUGCCAUUGGGAAUGCAUGCAGAAAUUGCUGAUGCUCAAGUCACAAAUUGCCCAUAUGGUUGUAUAAUCUACAUUUUUGACUACAGUAAUUCAUCAUUAUUACAUGAUUUGGUGGAAGAGAUUACAGAAAUCAAUGCUAAAGCCCUCCAGCUGGACUGCUCUCCUGUACACUUAAUUGGAAUGGCUCUCGCUGCAUUAAAACUGAAAACCACAGUUGAAAAAGUUUCUGAGUUGGAUAUUGUUACUGGUUUUCACUUAUUGGAUGGAGCAACUCAUCUCUUUGUCUUGGAGGGAUUAAAAGACAAAGCAAUCAAGAAACUAUGGGAUAAACACUUUGAAAGGACUUACAGACAUGAAGAUGGACAACUGGAAAUACUAUAUAACUCUCAACUGUCUUUCCAUCAACGCCUGUAUACAGACCUGGAAGCUAUCUUUUAUCAUUUCUGCCUCUGCAAGCCCCUCUUCACUCUAACAAAACAGCCUCUGCUUUAUGUCAGAGGUAUGGUUCGUUCGGCAUGUUUCCAAGCCUUGUCCAGGCUCAGUUACCUCUGUCACAGUAAGAGGUUGAGGGAUGUAAUUCAUGGGGAUCUGCUGCCCUCAGCAGAGAUGAUCAGAGUCUUGAGUCACGAGUAUGGAGUUCCCCUAACUGAUGAGGAUCUCUUCAGUCAGAAACCUCCUUUACUCUCGGUUUCAUCUGAUGAUUAUACAGUACCAGGAAAAGUUAGCAGAGUGAAACAGGCAGUAUAUUCUUCGUUAGAUAACUACAAUGAAAUCUGUGUGCAGCAGAAGAAAGAAAUAGCAGACAAAACAUUUUUUGAAAGAAACCAUGUUGGGGCUAACAUUGGUGCUGUAUGCCAACUCAAAGGAAAGAUGAAAAAGCCAAAGUUUGAAGCUUUCAGGAUUUCUCCUGUUGAUGGCAAAUCUGUCUUUAACUACAGCUGUCAGAGCCUGAAUUCUGCAGAACUUGCAAAGAAGCAUCUUCGCCAGGAAAUGGCAAAGGAACCAAAGAACAGAUUCACUUAUUGUCCUGAGUAUCUGUCAGCCACAUUUGACCCAGUCGAUGUGGUUGCUGCCUGUAAGGAAUCCUUUGCAAAAUCCAAGAGUAUGUGGCUGUCACCAGAUGGAUUUGUAUUUUCUGGAUUUAAGAGCAGCAUUGAAAGCAACCUGCACCCUCAGAUGCCUGAUGAGGCACGUCUGGAAGAGUUAAGUGAGAAAUGGCAGGAGAAUGCUCUACAUGCUAACAUGGAGCCAGUGCUGUCACGAGACAGAUGGAGCUGGGACAAACGGCACAUUGAUUUUGAUCUUUACAAGAAGCCACCUGAGCUCUUCAUGAUAACAGCCCCAGAGACUGUUGCUAAGCGGAUUCUGCAAACUACGUUUGAUGAUACCAAGCUGAAAGCUCACCAGCACUCCACAGCAGCUGAGUUAUCCACACAUGGGCCAAGAGCCAGGUUUCAGCUACAGAAGCUCCAAGGACUUCUGAAAGAUGAACCCCUGAAAUUCUCACUCAGGAAGGCACGACCAAGUUUGAAGCCUGUCCCAGCCCGGUCAGCGCUGGACAAACAGCCCUGCGACACCGGUCCAGAUGCCCUCCGGGGCAGGAGGAAGAGCAUCGCCAAUGGCGCUGUACCAGGUCCUGCUGACCAGCGCAGCUUGGCGAGGAGCAAGAAUGUUAUCCCCUGGCACAACAGAGAGCAUGAGACGUCUGAACAACUCCAAGGCGCGGAUUUCAAGUUACUUUGCUAUAAAGCUUCAUUUGUUCACAAGAGAGAACAAUCUGCAAGAGUAGGAGGACACACCGCCAUCCUGGCACAACAGGAUGACCCUCUCCAGAAUGAUACGCUGGAGCAAAGUUAUUCUGGAUACAGGUAG